CGACAGCAAUAGUGGCUUCGCAAGUCGUGAUCGUAGUCGAGACGGUACUGCGAACAACUACGAGAAUCUCGAAUCAGCCAUAUGGAGACCCGGGUUCUGGGCGCAGUUCCCUAUUUGGGGGCUAUUAUCUCUAUUCGGCGUCCUAGGGAGUGAGUAGGAAGUCUGAAUAAUCUCUACUAAAUGUUCUUUACGGCGACUGAUUGAUCUUGAAAACAUCAGGUACCAUAGCUGGUGUUGUGAUUCUUGUAGUCAGUGAUCACUUGCCUGUAAACGACUGGCACUCUCAGUUCACGCCAGCCGUGUCCAUGGCCAUCUGUUCUGUCGUAGCAAAUGCGCUGUUGGCUUAUGCUCUGGCACAUGGGCUGGUUAUAUCGUUCUGGAGAACGGCUUUGCGUGGACAUACCCUCGCUGAGCUCAAUCAAAAUUGGCUAUGUGGGCAUUCUCUGCAACAUGCUUUAAUAGGUGGAUUUCGUGUCGGAGGAAGGAUCACGGCGUUAGCCUGCAUAUUAUCGGUCGUCUCGCUGCUUCGAGGUCCCCUUAAUCAACGUGCUUCGCAUAUAGAAAGCAACAUCCUCUACAACACUUCUGGAACCAUCCCGAUAACCGUCGCGCAGCAGCUUACUGAAGGCUACACGGGAAUAGCCAGAGAUUCAAGAGCCCCAAUCAUGGAGAUUUCAAGACUGACACCAGACUUUGCUCAGGUCAUGCAAGAGUACUCUGAGCGAUCCAACAUCAGCAUUGACACCCAAGAUGGCUCCUGUGGUGAUAGCUGCACAGCAUUUGUCAAGGUACUGGGUCCAUCCGGGCAGAAGCCUGUAUUAAAAUAUUCAAAUUCAAAGCUAAUAUGAUUGAAGGGAUUCGGGUUCAAGUCUCAAUGUGGUUUUAAAGAGUACGUCCAAUACCAGGAAAGUGGCGGUGCCUUCGAUCUAAG